GGACGUGUCUAGCUGCGAGCUCUGAUUGGUUCAGACGUUGCAACCCUUGUUCCCCUUUAAAGUUGCGUGAGUCGUCUCCGCCACUGCUGCUGCCGCUGUGUUUUCCCGGGGAGGUCGUAUAAGGGCAGCGGGCUAUAGUCCUGUCAUCGGCUCCUAGCAGAUCAGAAGCCAAAAAACGUAGAGUGGUAGACCGAGCUAAAGCUCUGAUGAAAUGAGAAGAGUGAUGGAUAACAUAGCUUAAAUAUAGUUACAUGGUGGCCUUAAUGAAAAUGUGUCGCCAUGUUGCAAGUCGUGAAGUACAGGAGAUAUAAUGCAGGGUUUCACCGUUUGAUAAGACAUCACCAUAAAGCUGUACUGGCAAUAAGAAGGGAGGACAUCAAUGCCUGGGAAAGACGAGCUCCACUUGCACCAAAACAUGUAAAGAAACUAACAAACCUUGGUUACAAAGUCCUGGUGCAGACUUCAAAUAGAAGAUCCAUCCAUGAGCAGGAAUAUAUCAAAGCGGGUGGAAUUAUUCAGGAAGAUAUCUCCGAGGCUGCACUGAUUGUGGGUGUUAAGAGACCACCAGAGGAGAAACUCAUUCCCGCAAAAACGUAUGCUUUCUUUUCACACACCAUAAAAGCUCAAGAGGCAAAUAUGUCCUUGCUGGAUGAAAUUCUGAAACGCGAAAUUCGACUGAUUGAUUACGAGAAAAUGGUGGAUCAUAGAGGAAUGCGAGUAGUGGCCUUUGGACAAUGGGCUGGUGUGGCAGGAAUAAUCAACAUGCUUCAUGGUUUAGGCUUGCGAUUCCUCGCACUGGGACAUCACACUCCUUUUAUGCACAUUGGGAUGGCCCAUAACUACAGAAACAGCAGUCAGGCUGUCCAAGCCGUGAGGGAUGCAGGAUAUGAAAUAUCUCUCGGCUUGAUGCCGAAAUCUAUUGGGCCUGUGACCUUUGUGUUUACAGGCACUGGUAAUGUUUCAAAGGGAGCACAGGAAAUGUUUAAUGAACUUCCAUCUGAAUUUGUUGAACCUCAUGAACUGAAAGAAGUUUCCAAGACUGGAGAUCUCCGGAAAGUGUAUGCAACUGUGUUAAGUCGUCACCACCACCUUGUAAGGAAAACCGAUGGCGUAUAUGACCCAUUAGAGUAUGAAAAGAACCCUGAGCUCUACACCUCCCGGUUUAACACUGAUAUUGCACCUUACACAACAUGUUUGAUUAAUGGAAUAUACUGGGAUCCACACACCCCCCGUUUACUAAAUAGACAAGAUGCUCAAAGGCUGUUGGCUCCCGUGAAGUCGACUUCAGUUGCAACAGAGGGAUGUCCCAAGCUACCACACAAGCUUUUAGCAAUUGGUGACAUCUCUGCAGACACCGGAGGAUCUAUUGAGUUUAUGACUGAAUGCACAACAAUUGAUAUGCCAUUUUGCAUGUACGAUGCUGACCAGCAUAUCAUUCAUGACAGUGUUGAAGGUAAUGGUAUCCUUAUGUGCUCCAUUGAUAAUUUGCCAGCACAACUCCCAAUCGAAGCAACAGAGUACUUUGGAGAUCAGUUAUUUCCUUACCUUGAAGAGAUGCUGACAUCAGAUGCUAGAAAACCGCUUGAUCAACAGAGUUUUUCUCCUGUUGUGCGUGAUGCAGUGAUUAUAAGCAACGGUUCAUUAACUCCGAAGUACAAAUACAUACAGAAACUAAGAGAGAGCAGAGAGUACGCCCAGUCAAUUGCAAUGGGGACUAAGAAGCGGAUUUUGGUGCUGGGAUCUGGAUACGUUUCUGAACCGGUCAUAAGCUACCUUACAAGAGAUCCUAAUGUUGAAAUAACUGCAGUCUCCGUAAUCAAAGAUCAAGUGGAUCAUCUAGCUAAGAAAUACAAUCACACAACCCCACUUGUGAUGGAUGUCUUGAAGAGUGAAGAUAAACUAUCUGCCUUAGUGAAGAAACAUGACCUCGUUAUUAGUUUACUGCCUUACUCCGCACAUCCUUUAGUGGCGCAAAAAUGCAUCAAGAACAAAGUGAACCUGGUGACUGCUAGUUAUUUAACCCCCUCCAUGAGAGAACUACAGCAAAGUGCAGAAAGUGCUGGAAUUACAAUUGUUGGUGAGAUGGGCUUGGAUCCAGGUCUGGACCAUAUGCUGGCCAUGGAAUGCUUUGAUAAAGCUAAAGAUGUGGAAGCUAAGGUGGAAUCCUACUUAUCUUUUUGUGGAGGCCUUCCAGCCCCUGAGUACUCUGACAAUCCACUGCGAUAUAAGUUCAGCUGGAGUCCUCUGGGCGUACUCUUAAAUACAGUACAGCCUGCAACAUAUCUGAAGAAUGGAGAGGUUGUUAAUAUUGAAGCUGGUGGUUCCUUGCUUGACUCUGUUACAAUCAUGGACUGUUUCCCUGGACUGAAUUUAGAAGGCUUUCCAAAUAGGGAUAGUACAAAAUAUGCUGAACCCUAUGGAAUCCAGUCAGCCCAUACCUUAAUAAGAGGCACUCUGAGAUACAAGGGAUUUUCUAAAGCAAUGAGUGGAUUUGUGAAAUUAGGCUUAAUAAAUGCAGAUCCAUGCCCCCUCCUUGCAAUAGAUGCUCCAGUAAUUACAUGGAGAGAGCUCUUGUGCCAUCUGCUGAAGGUUCCAGCCUCAGCUAGUCUUGACCACAUCAAAGAAACAGUGUACAACAGGAUAGGAAAGGAUGACAGUAAUAUGGAUGCUGUCCAGUGGUUUGGCCUCCUAAGUGAAGAACCGGUGCCUGUAGCAGUGUCUGUUGUUGAUGCCCUUGCUAAGCAUCUGGAAAUGAUGCUUUCCUUCGUUCCUGGAGAGCGAGACAUGAUUGUUAUGAGAAAUGACGUUGGCAUCAGACAUCCUUCUGGACACCUGGAAUGCAAAAACAUAAGCUUGGUUGUAUAUGGUGAUGUGAAUGGCUACUCUGCUAUGUCGAAAACUGUGGGCUAUCCAACAGCUAUUGCUGCAAAAAUGGUUUUGGAUGGUGAAAUUGAUAGUAAAGGUUUAGUAAUUCCUCUGACUAAGGAUAUCUAUGGACCAAUCUUAGAAAGAGUUAAAGAAGAAGGAAUUUCCUAUAAUUCAAAGAGCACAUUUUCUCUGUAAUUGCUGCUAAAGAAGCAUCCGCUUUAUGUAUUGAAUUGCAUUUAAUAUGUCCAUUGUGAAUGUUACAUCAAAGUUUAAAAGCUGCAAUCUGCAUUUUUCUGUACAAGCAAAACUAUGGAAUACAGCAAAUAUCAUCUUGUGGACUGAUCAUGAACUUGACGAUAUGAUGCCAGAGUCGCCUUGCUGCCCACUGAAUUACCAAAACUUUUUUAUACAGUAUACCAUAUAUUUUGAAAGUGAUAUUUUCUAUGUGAAUGUAAAAAACACUGUUUAGUCUUACGCUGAUGCUCUCUAUGAAAUAAACUGUGUUGGAGUAUU